AGUCACUUCAUUUUUUCCUUUUUUUUUAACCGUUACUGUAAAUUUUCCCGGAAACAAAAAAAAGAAAGAAAAGUUUACUUUCUUGGGUUCUCUCCUCGAUUAGUCAAUUUGCACAACAUCUCUUUCUUCUCUCUUUUGCUUUGCUUAUCUGUUUUGUUUGGUCUCCUUCUUCUUCAAUUCUCAGAAAACAGAGUCACCAAACUUUACAACAACAAAAAAAAAACAAACCUUUAGACCAAAGAAUCAAACUUUCAGUUAUGGGUUAGUCUACAUAUUCGAUUACGUCUUCUUCCUCGUCUCUUAAGUAACUGUUGAUUUGGUGGGCGAGUUUAGGGUUUCUGUUUGGGAGAAGCAAAAUGUUGAAUUGAAAAAAAAGACAAAGAAAAAAAAAACAGAACGACUCUGGAUUCCUCGGCGGUUAACGACCGCCGUCUCCGCCGCCGCUGUCAUAACCCAACCACUACGACCAUCAACGACCUUGAGUUUCAACAAUAUGCUCCAUCAACGGCGGCGGCUAACCACCAUUUACUAGAUUCUCCGUCGCCGCCGAUGAGACACAGCCAGCAAUCAGCGUUUACGGCGUCGCCGACGGAGAACGAUGGUGGUGGUUGCGGCGAGAUCGUUGAGGUGCAAGGAGGUCACAUUGUUCGGUCAACAGGGAGAAAAGACAGACACAGCAAAGUCUGUACAGCGAAAGGACCACGUGACCGGCGCGUGAGACUCUCUGCUCCGACGGCGAUUCAAUUCUACGAUGUUCAAGACAGACUUGGUUUUGAUCGACCGAGCAAAGCCGUUGAUUGGCUUAUCAAGAAAGCUAAAUCCGCCAUUGAUGAUCUCGCUGAGCUUCCUCCUUGGAACCCUGCCGAUGCUCUUCGUCAACACGCCGCCAACGCUAAACCAAGAAAAACCAAAACUUUAGUUUCUCCGCCGCCGCCACAACCUCCGCCGCAGCACCAUCAAGAAACAGAGCAUCAUCAUCAUCAUCACCAAAUCGGAGAAGAAGAUAACGAAUCGAGUUUUCUCCCGGCGUCGAUGGACUCUGAUUCGAUAGCUGACACUAUAAAGUCGUUUUUUCCGGUAGCUUCAUCGCAACAGAGCUAUCAUCAUCAUCAACCACCGUCACGAGCUAAUACACAAAACCAAGAUCUUCUUCGUCUCUCGCUUCAAUCUUUCCAAAAUGGUCCACCUUUUACUGACCAAACAGAGCCUGUUCUGUUCUCCAGCCAGAGCAAUCAUCCGUUAGGGUUUGACUCAUCAACGGCAAGCUGGGAACAGAGUCACCAGUCACCGGAAUUUGGAAAGAUACAGAGACUAGUGACGUGGAACAACGGCGGAGCAGCUGACUCCCCCGAAAGUACCGGAGGAGGAGGAGGAGGAGGAGGAGGAUAUGUGUUUGCUUCUCCGUCGCCAGUUUUUAGCCAAAGUCAGCUUUUAUCUCAGAGGGGUCCCCUUCAGUCCAUUAACAACACACCCAUGAUUCGUGCUUGGUUUGAUCCUCACCAUCAUCAUCAUCAUCAGUCCAUGACCACUGACGAUCUCCAUCAUCAUCAUCAUCAUUACCAUGUUCCUACGGGGAUUCACCAAUCAGCUAUUCCAGGCAUUGCGUUUGCUUCAAGUGGUGAAUUCUCCGGUUUUCGUAUACCAGCACGGUUUCAUGGGGAGCAAGAAGAGGCGCAUGGCGGUGACAACAAACCGUCGUCUGCUUCAUCUGAUUCUCGCCAUUAAAGUUACACAAGUACCAAACUCACACAAAAGAUUGUGCAACACAAUUGGUUUCUUUUCAUAUUCCAGCAGGGAGCUUUUGCGUGGGAUAGGGAAUGUGUGUUUGGUUCUUGUGCGUUUCGGAUAUCGAAUAGGAGAAGAGAGAAACAGACCUGAUCAACAGUUUCGAGUUUUUCUCUUCUUCUAAAGUUCAAGCAUUUGUUAAUUUGAGUUCAUCUUUGUAUCCAUUAGAAAUCUUUCUGUAACUUCAACUAUGUUUAACGAUGUUUAGCUCUAUCUACAUGAGCUUCACAUCUUGUUUGUUGUAACUUGUUCUAAAUUAAUUUUCGUUUCCUUAUGCUCUUGUGUGUUGGAAACCUUUAACCCCA